AUGUCAAUUACAGAAGUUGCAACCGCAGUGGACUCGGAGGAGCAGCUGUUGGCCGAUCUGGAGAGCAGCAAGACACUGCCACUAUGGAAACAGAUGGCACGAUUGAACCCCCCAGCACCGAAUCCAACUACUGUGCCUCAUCUUUGGAAAUACAAGUCUAUUCGACCGAAUUUGGAGCGUGCAGGAAAACUUGUUCCUGAAUCGCAGGCUGAGCGUCGGGUUUUGAUGCUCGUUAAUCCUGCUCGAGAUGCUCCCUAUACAACAGACACCCUCUACGCGGGCCUCCAACUAGUCAUGCCCAACGAAAUCGCCCGCGCCCACCGGCACACAGCCUUCGCCAUGCGGUUCAUCAUCGAAGGAACAGGCGGUUUCACGGCCGUCCAUGGCCGACGCAUUAGCAUGCAACGCGGCGAUGUCAUCCUCACCCCGACAUGGAACUAUCAUGACCAUGGUAAAGACCGUUCCGGCCCUAUGGUCUGGCUGGAUGGACUGGAUCUGCCUACCUUCCGACACUUUCCCGUGCAUUUUGUCGAGCAUUUUGAUCAACCAAGAUACCCGGCGGUGGAUGUUGAUAGUAAGACUUCGCCGCUGGUAUUUCCCUGGGUGGAGAUGAAGGCCAGACUUGAUGGUGUGGAGGGGGAGUGGGCGGCUUUGAGGUAUCUGAAGGAGGAUGGACGAGAGGUGAGCCGUGUGCUAGGCGGUAGCGCCGAGCGUAUUGUGGCCGGUGCGUCUUCGCCGGCUCGUCGCGAGACGACCUCGGCCGUUUAUCAUGUUAUUAGUGGUCGGGGUCGGUCGGUGAUUGGGGAGGAGGAAUUUGUGUGGGAGCAGGGUGAUACUUUUUGUGUUCCUUCGUGGUACAGGUAUCAGCAUUUUGCGGGUGAUGGGGAGGGGGUUUAUUUGUAUCGGUUUGAUGAUCGGCCUAUGCUUGAUGCUUUGGGGUUUUAUCGGGCGGAGGGGGUUGAUGUGGAAAGCUUGGUGUCGGAUUAG